GAACAUGUCGCGCCUGAAGGGACAAACAGAACGGGACACCCGCGCAGGUUUCAGAGCUGAGCGGAAAGACUGCGCCGCCUCAGUACCUCAGGGACUGUUAAAGGCGGCGAGGAGAAGUGGCCAGUUAAAUUUGUCCGGUAGGAACCUUAGUGAAGUACCUCAGUGUGUCUGGAGAAUAAAUGUAGAUAUCCCCGAAGAAGCUAAUCAGAACGUCUCAUUUGGUGCUACUGAGCGAUGGUGGGAGCAGACAGAUCUGACCAAACUAAUCAUAUCAAACAAUAAACUUCAGUCGCUUACAGAUGAUCUCAGACUCCUGCCUGCACUGACUGUUCUUGAUAUACAUGAUAAUCAGCUUACAUCCCUGCCAUCUGCUAUAAGAGAGCUAGAAAAUCUCCAGAAACUUAACAUCAGCCACAACAAACUGAAAAUACUCCCGGAAGAAAUCACAAGUCUAAGAAACCUGAAGAGCCUGUAUCUCCAGCAUAAUGAACUGACAUGCAUACCAGAAGGAUUUGAAGAACUCAAUUUGGAAGAUUUAGAUCUUUCCAACAAUCGUCUUACGAGUGUUCCUGCGAGAUUUUCUUCUUUAUCCAGUCUGGUGCGGCUCAAUCUUUCCAGUAAUCAACUGAAGAGCUUGCCAGCAGAAAUGAGUAGAAUGAAAAGAUUAAAGCAUUUAGAUUGCAAUUCGAAUCUCCUGGAAACGAUACCUUCUGAAUUGGCUAGCAUGGAAUCAUUAGAAUUACUUUAUUUGCGGAGGAAUAAAUUGCGUUCCCUGCCAGAAUUUCCUACUUGUAGAUUACUGAAGGAAUUGCACGUUGGUGAAAACCAGAUUGAAAUGUUAGGUGCGGAACACCUUAAGCAUCUGAAUUCUAUCCUUGUGCUAGACCUGAGGGAUAACAAGUUAAAAUCUGUUCCAGAUGAAAUUACACUGCUAGAAUCUUUGGAAAGGCUUGACUUAAGCAACAAUGAUAUUAGUAGUUUACCCUAUUCAUUGGGAAACCUUCACUUAAAAUUCUUGGCACUAGAAGGAAAUCCUUUGAGAACAAUUCGAAGAGAAAUUAUAAGUAAAGGAACACAAGAAGUUCUAAAAUAUCUACGAAGCAAGAUCAAAGAUGAUGGUCCCACUGAAAAUAACUCUGUUACUCGAACGGCCAUGACACUACCAAGUGAAUCAAGAGUCAAUAUACAUGCCAUAACUACAUUAAAAAUAUUAGACUAUAGUGAUAAACAAGCAACUUUGAUUCCUGAUGAAGUGUUUGAUGCAGUAAAAAGCAACAUUAUCACUUCUGUUAACUUCAGUAAGAAUCAGCUAUGUGAAAUUCCAAAAAGGAUUAUGGAAAUGAAGGAAAUGAUUUCUGAUGUUAACCUCAGUUUUAAUAAACUUUCCUUAAUAUCCUUGGAAUUAUGUAUGCUUCAAAAGUUGACAUUUUUAGAUCUCAGAAACAAUCUUUUAAAUUCCUUGCCAGAAGAAAUGGAAUCACUCGUAAGAUUACAAGUGAUCAAUCUUUCCUUUAACAGGUUCAAAAUACUGCCAGAAGUUUUGUAUCGUAUUCCUGCACUGGAAACCAUUCUGAUUAGUAACAAUCAGGUUGGAUCUAUAGAUCCUCAGAAGAUGAAAAUGAUGAAAAAUCUUGCUACUUUGGACCUUCAAAAUAAUGACCUCCUACAAAUACCCCCAGAGCUCGGUAACUGUGUGAAUUUAAGAACACUGCUCCUAGAUGGAAACCCAUUCCGCGUGCCCCGAGCUGCCACCCUAGUGAAAGGGACAGCUGCUGUGCUGGAGUACUUGAGAGACCGAAUUCCUACGUAAAUUGGAGCUGCUUCAUAAUCUUGGCCAAGUCAAUUGUUAGAAGGAUUUUCUUUUAGGAUCAUCAUAAAGCUCGUGCCAUACGUGAUCUUACAGUUUUCCCAGUCUCACCUAGCCAUUGAUGUCAUUGGCCUGGGCAGUACUCACUGCCAUGGGUCAUUUUUACAUUGGGAAGGAUCGACCAUUUUUUCUAAGGUGGUGUGUGCAUUUAUAAUGGUGAUAACUAUGUGUACUACUCAGACAUUUGUCCUAAAUGCUUUGCACCGGAUUUAGUUUACUCACUUUUAUUCCCUUACAACAUAGCAAGCCGUUUCUUCAAAAAUGAAUUUUUAUUUAAUGGGAAUCGUUUUAUGACAACACAUUUUUGUAGAAAUGAGCUUUUUGUGUUCCCAUUUCUGUUUGUAUUACAUAUAAAAUGACCACUUGACUUGAAAAGACUACCUAAUUUCUACCUUUAUAUUAAAUAUAGAUAAAAUGAAUGUUAUUAAGUACUGUUUUUUUAGCUAAAAAAAAGCCUUUUCAUUACCCAGGAUAGAACUUAUGUGAUGUGGUUAGGUUUUGGUACAAGAUUUUAAUCAAUAGUUACUGUUUUUUGUUUAAAAUUUUUUUUUAAAUCAAUUUAUUGGGGCUCAUACAA